AGCAUCGUGAUCCACCGGCGUGUUCUCUAGAUCAAUAAAAUAUUCAAGAACACCUUUUUCGGACAUCAUACGUCGCGAGAACGGCUUCUUCCAAAAAGUUGUGGACCGAGUGCCUUAAAUACGGAACGGCACUCCAACAGCAUUCCAUAGUUGCGAGGCAAGAACAACAAACAAUACUAUAUCAUGGGGCGUGUUGCGAAAUACAAAAAGGUCAAGUCCUUCGACCCGUACUCGAAGAAAAACAGGGGAAACGUAGAUCUGAGCGCCGUUGGGGUCUGGGGCCUCGGAGACAACGGGCGGAAGAAAAAGAAGCGGAGCCUCAAGGCCCAGAAGCUCCACGCCAAGAAACACCGAAAUAGCAGCAAGAAGAAGGGAACGGGCGGCUUUGACGACGAUGGCUUUGACGUGCCACCCGACGAGGAAGAUGAGUUCACCAUGGCAGAUCUGGUGGGCAGCAUCAAGAAAAAAUCUAUGAAAACGAACGAGGAGCUUCUCGGGGAUUCCUCUUCUUCGCUGGCGACAACGACCAGCUCCUUCCUUGGUGCAUCAUCCUCGGUGUCCAAUGACAAGACAGAACCAAAAAAUAACAAAACAGCAGACGAAUCUUACGACACCAUAGUGACCUCGUCGGGAAAUGUCGCGAACAUUCCAAAGACCGACCAGGACGAAAAGAAAAUCGAGCGCCUCCUUCGGGUCGAGGAGCAGAUGGAACAGAAAUCCAAGCUCGAAAAGCAACAGACCCAGGGACGAAUGGAGGGGGAGAGCAAAAGGGCCUACGCCAAGCGGACCCGGGCCGAAACGAGAGAGAUCAUCAAGCAGUCCACCACGACGGUCCGAAAUCUCGAGAAGCUGCAGAAAAAGAAGGAAUUUCUGAAAAACAAAAAGAACAAAAAGAGAAAGGGAGGAGCAGCCUAUUACGACGACGAAGUCGAUUACGAUAAACGGCGGAGCACCAGGACUGCAAUUAAGGCAAACCAAGAGCCGGAAGCCCCCGUGCGUUUCAAUGAACAAGCCGAGCGCCCACCUAUUUUCCGGCAGAUUCCUCGGGGAGCAAAGUCCAAAAAGCCGAAAACAGCGACGUCUAUGGCAUCGUUGUCAAAGACAAAGGGCAUGACGGACCACCAGAUCGAGGGGGAAAAGGAUGCCAUGGAGCUGAUGAGGCGGAGAAUCCAGGCGCAAUACAAGGCCAUCAAGCAAAAGAGACGAGACACUGGCGAUUUCCACUUGUAAUGGAAUAGAAUACACCAUUGUCG